UCCGUGAGAGGGUCGAUAGAGCUGAAUCACGCUGUUUUGGGAGACUCAAUGCAUGAUUAAUGUAUGGGGUUAUAUGGUACUCUUGUCGAUAUGGCUAAAAAAUCAUAUGAAUAUGCGGUUAACAUACUCCUGGUGGGCGAUUUUAGUUCUGGAAAGGCGGAGCUUGCGAUCAUGUUUUCCACAGGUUUACCCAAUGGGAAUCAUGCUGCUUUAUGACAUCACAAAGUACUCCUCGUUUGAUAAUGUGCCUUUCUGGAUGCGUUUGAUCAAAGAGCAUGCCCCUCCAGAUGUUGAUGUACUGUUGAUGGGGAGUAAGUGCCACAAUGAGGAUGGAAGGGCAGUACCAACUGAAGUAGCAGCAAAGGAGGUUCUUGUCCAGAAGAUUCUCAAGCAAUAAACUUCACGGAUCAAGGAUGGUGUUUUCUCCCUGAGGUUUUUCCGUUCUAGAAGAAAAAAUGUAUGUUCUUCUUUGAAUUGACUCGGAAGUUGACAGUGGUACUCUUUUUACGCGUGUCAUUUUUUUUUUUACUUUUCUUGUCCACUUCUACUCAUCAAUGCGUGUUAUGCAGGAGCCAUCAAAGCAACCGCCUCCAUCAUCAAAUAAUGAAGUCGCAAAAGAACCCCAAAGAGGUAUUGCAGAAUAGUUGAGAACAGAAACGGGUGCAUAUUUUAUUCAAACACAUCAAAUAACAUUCGCUCUGACGAAGAGCUAACGCUCGAAACGUUAGCUUUGAAACUCUCUACGGUUGCUAAUUCACAUUAUCAACUCAGUUGAUGAAACCAAAACUACCUUGUUACACUCCCCCACCGACGUGGUACCACAGUCUCUUUAGAAAGUUACCCCCUUUCUUCAUAUGAUAUAACAAUUGAGUGAAUCUCGGCUCUUAUUUCAUUUCUAAUUCGACCAGAUAUGUGGUGAAGAAUUCCGCGAUCAGAAAUUCUAUAAUUUCAUUAUCGGUACAUGGCAGACUAGUUUACAUCAGUUUGUCACAUUUGAUGAUACAGGUGACGACGACGUUUUUAUCUCGAUAACCACUUUCUGCCAGCUUUGCCUACCUUGCCUUUUUAAGCAGUAAUCAACAAAUGAACUUUUCUUUACGUGUAGAGCCUCAAGAAAUUCUUGCAAGAGGACCCAUAGCCUUGAGAGCGUACCACAAAGCUCUUGGUGAGGGGAAAACUAGCGUUAAAAGGGUGCCUUUCAUGGUAAUUGGACAAGACCGGUCAGGAAAAAACCAGACCCUUUCACCCCUGACUUUUUAAAGAAAUUUUGUUUAAAAAACACCUAUGUUCACAAAAUGGCAAAUGGAGGCCUGUGUUUAAACCUUUGACGUAGGUAACCAUAUAUUUGAAAAGUAGAAUGAUCAAUGAUUCUAUUAAUACUAUUUUAGUAUAGUUAAUUAUUAACUUGAUCUAUUAGUUAUUAAAAAUGGCAGCCAAAAGAGGAAAAAAAGCCAUUUGACUGUUUUAGGUGCAUCAGUUUGUACCUUUUUUUGUCUAAAUGGUCUGUAAUAGACAGGUCUCCUGUAGAGAAUAAAUGCUCUUCAAAAGCCAUGUAAAAUUCUUGUAAAAUACCAUAAAACUAUCCAAAAUUGAGAUAAAAAAUGUGCAUGUAUAUAUAUAAGAUCUAAAAAACUUAAUUACGCUGGCUGACCCUUAGUCCAUACAUGUAUGUACAUUAUACCUUGAGAAAAAAAUGGCAUUUGUCAAACAGAAAAUACAUGUACACUCUGGAAAUAGUUUAUCACUGUCAGUAAUUUCUGCCACUGCCACUGCCACUGCCACUAAGUGUCAGCCUACUGUGAUAAAGGUCAUGGCAUUUAUCACGACACAACCUUACAUUGCCAUGUAGGCAGCUAUAGACAGUCUCCACUCUGGCUCUUUUUUUGUGUGUAUCUGUUGAGCACUCAGAACAUCUCCCUCUUUUCAAUUUUCCACAUUUGACCAUAUUUACAGACUCAUGGCCUGAUGCACGAAGAGAUAUGGAACUGGUGAUAAAGAAGGGCGGCCAUAGAGUUUGUGUGAUGGUAUGUUCCACGAAGGGAAUUGACCAGUGUAGAAGUAAAUGACUUCUGGUCCAUCAUAGGGGCUACAUCCUCCUCCACAGGGCCACUGUUCCAACUCAGAUAACACUGCUGAUACAUAAUAAAUGAAUUGAGUCUGCAAAUAUCUAAAAGAUGGAAAAAUAUGCGCAUCCACCAUUUCUUUGAUUUGCAAUCAAUGGCAUAUGUUUUCUUUAGUUGAUCAUUUUUGUCAAUAGCACCCAUAUUCUCGUUGUAAUCCUGUACAACAGGUGGAGCAGUUAUUGCAACAACUGAUCCACCUUGUUUCUUUCUUGACACAUUAUCCUGCCCCGUAGAAGAAUGCACAUUUGACAGAAAGGAAACAUCUUUUGUGUCCUUCCAAACAGUUACUGUUAUCCCUUCAGCAGUUGCGGAGUGAUAGUCUCCCUGUUUCAUUGUCUUGAGCAAAGGUUUAUCUGUAAGGCAUUUUGGAUAUCCCAAUCUAUUUGAACGUAGAGUUCCCACAGUGUAAGUUCUGAAGCCUUUCAGUGUUUUGCAAAGGGCAAUGCUGGUAAAAAAGUUGUCCAUGUAGAUCACAUGACCACGAUUAUCCAGGGUGGGAUGGCAAAGA